GGUGACAAUCAGGACUAACAGCUCCGUUUACCAACACUUUAGUGCUACAAGCUCUGUUGUGCCGGUGGCAUCUUCAUGUUUUGCAUUCAAGUGACCUGAGUAAGUUGGCAGCACUGACAUGGAGCGAGGGCUUGUCAACAUUCUGUUGGCCAGCCUGUGUGCCAACUACCCUCCAAGCUACUACAACUCUACAACCACCACCACUCCUUAUCCAACUUAUACCCGUUCGCCAAGAGACACAUUUAAAUGUGUGUUGAAAACUGAUGAGCAGCUUAAGAAAGAGUUGCUGCGUGGAAAGAAGCUUAAAAUCGCAACAUUACAGAGGGAUAUGCCGCUCUCUGGGGUGAAGAUGAACGGGACAGAGCUGCAGCUAGAUGGGAUAGCAGCUGAGAUGGUGGAGGUGCUAAAGGAAAAGUUUGGCUUCUCAUACGAGGUGUUGACCCCAGAGCGAAACAUACUUGGCGAUGAACACGAGGGAAUCUUCAGCAUGCUCAACAAAGGGGAGGUUGACAUGGCUGCAGCCUUCCUCCCCGUGGUGCCAGGGAGUCACCGCAUGGUACUGUGGGGGGUGGAGAUGGUGCAGAAUGACUACUACGUUCUCAUGAAGCGACCCAAGGAGUCGGCCUCGGGCUCUGGACUGCUGGCUCCGUUUGACACUGAAGUGUGGCUUCUAAUUUUACUGUCGCUGCUGGUUGUGGGGCCGAUCAUGUACCUUGUGAUGUACCUCAGGGUUCGCAUCGGAGACAACAAAGACAUCAAGGUCUAUCCCUUGUCUGCCUGUGUAUGGUUCGUCUACGGAGCUCUCAUGAAGCAGGGCUCUACUCUCAACCCUGUUACAGAUUCUACAAGGCUGCUGUUUGCUACUUGGUGGAUCUUCAUUAUGAUUCUGACUGCGUUCUACACAGCCAAUCUCACAGCUUUCCUCACUCUCUCACGUUUCACUCUACCCAUUGAGAAUGUAGCGGACAUUGCUCGCACUCACAGAUUCUGGUUCGCCACUGAAGGAGGACCAAUAGAGUAUGCUGUCAUGAACAAUGACGAUGGAGACUUGAGUACUUUGAGGCGAUCUGUGUCCCAAAACCUUGGACAGUUCAUCGACACCUCAGAUGAAGUGAAAGUAAAACAAUAUGUGGCCGAAGACUGGCUCUACCUAGAGGAGAACCGCAAGCUGAAGUUGUUCCUGCUGCAGGAUUACAUGGCAAAGACAGCCAAAGGGACAGAAGAGAAAGACAGAUGUACAUAUGUGCUGACACAAGGCUCUUACCUCUCUCGUAACCUUGCCUUUGCUUACCCCAAGACAAGCAUUCUGCCCUCCUUGUUUGAUCCCAUACUGUUGGCAUUUGUUGAGUCUGGCAUUAUCCAACAUCGUGUGCAGGAGCUUCUUCCAGAGGCUACCAUAUGUCCACUGAACCUAGGCAGCAAGGAGCGCCAAUUGCGCAACUCUGAUCUCUGGACCACCUACAUCGUAGUGGUGUCUGGCUUUUCCACAGCCGUGACAGUGUUCUUCGUUGAACUGAUGUGGCGACGCUGCUUCAAACCUCAUCAUCCUAAACUCUCCUGGCCUGUGGACAUCUCUAUGGAACCCACCAACAAAAUGGCUCUCUCCAGGUUUGCGGAAGGAAAAUCAAAACAAGGUGCAAAAGUUAACAUCAAUGGCAGGGAAUACUAUAUUGUCAUCUCUAAGGACGGAGAGAAAAGAUUUAUACCUAUUCGAACACCCUCUGCUUUCUUGUUCCAGUAUGCUCCUAAAUAAUCUACACAUAGAUACCAAUCACAAAUAAACUAUCAU